UCUUUAUUCUUCUCUUUACAACCCCGCUCCCCUUUUACUCUCCCUCUUCUCUCUCUCACUCUCUCUCUCUCUCUCUCUCUCUAUGUUUUUCGUAUUACCCUUUUCCAUUAUAGACUCAGCGAGAGAGAAACAGAGUAAUCCAAUGGAUGCUGUAGCCGGAGAAACCGUUAAACCUUCAACCCCUUUAUUGUCUGCAGCAACAAGCACCAGCAGCCUUAGUAGUACCAGCAGCGAGGCCGAUGAUAGCCCGGCAACAUCCCACCGUUUCGAGCUCCUGGAUGUUAAGGGUCAGUUAUCUUGUGUAACUGUUUCUGGGUCACACUCAUAUCGACCGUUGGCGGUUCUUUCCGGCCAUAUUGGCUCUGUUUCUUGUCUGGCCUUAUGCGGUGAAUUCAUAUUGAGCGCUUCACAAGGCAAGGAUAUCAUAGUUUGGCAGCAGCCUGAUUUGAGGUUGUUCACAAAGUUUGGACAGGGAGAUGGGUCUGUGAAGGCGCUUGUAACGGUCGGAAACAAGGUCUUUACAGCGCACCAAGAUAGCAGGAUCAGAGUUUGGAAGGUGUCAAGAAGCUCAGAGAAUGUUUUCAGGCUUGUUGACACCCUUCCGACAACUAAGGACUAUUUGGGGAAGUUCAUGAAGCAGAGCAAUUAUGUUCAAACUCGGCGGCAUCACAAGAAGUUGUGGAUUGAACAUGCGGAUAGUAUUUCUUGCUUGGCGGCCGAAAAUGGGUUAAUUUACUCAGGAUCAUGGGAUAAGACCCUUAAGGUGUGGAGGCUAUCAGAUUUGAAGUGCUUGGAAUCGAUCAAGGCACAUGAUGAUGCAAUUAAUGGGUUGGUGGCAAGUAAAGGGAUUGUGUAUUCUGCUUCCGCGGAUGGGAAGAUUAAGGCUUGGGGAAAGGAGGGGAAGAGCUCACAUUCUUUGAAGGGAAUUUUGGAGGGUCAUAAGGAUGUUUCACUGAAUUCAGUGGUGGUUUCAGAGGAUGGAAAAUGGGUUUAUGGAGGAGGAUCAGAUGGGUUUGUGAUGGGGUGGGAGGGGAGUGGGAAUUUUGCGAGUUGGAAGGUUGUUAAUGAAACAAAAGCACAUCAAAUGGCUGUUCUGUGUAUGUCUCUAAUGGGGGAGAUAUUGUGCAGUGGCUCUGCAGAUAAAAGUAUUGGUAUUUGGAAAAGAGAGGCUUAUGGGAAGCUUAGUAAAUUUGGUGUCAUAAGCGGCCAUGAAGGUCCAGUCAAGUGUUUGCAGGCAUCACCUAGCAAUGUUGGUGGUGGAUUCUUGCUUUACAGUGGAAGCCUUGAUAAAAGCAUAAGAGUAUGGUGGGUUUCCAAGCACUCAGUUAAUAGAGAUGAUGGCGCCUCUCCAAGGGAAAAUACAGUGAAGAAUUCUAUUGUUUUGUGUUAGGAAGUUCUUUCAUGGUUUGUGUAAUGAAGCACCGGUUCCCUUUUUCAGUGUCUGCAGUGCUUCCAAAAUUGGUCUUGUAGUUUCUUCUUGUCCAUAGUCAUACAAACAUCAAAGAGUGGAGAAUCAAAGGCAAAAAGAAGGGCAGAGUUGAAGCCUAACAUGUCUUAGAGUUGGUUUUUGGGGUUUGAGAUUUUAUUGUGUAGUUAUACGAUAAAGUCUUGUUUGUUUGUUUGUGAUUUUGUUUUUGUUUUUGUUUUCCC